AUGAACAGUUUUGCAAUUCAAAAAGAGAUAUUACAAUUGGUGGUUGAUUAUAAAUUGGGUAGUAGGAAAUGGAGAUUAUCUUUGGCAUUGGUAUCAUCUAGUCAUUUGUUGAUCGUUCAGUCAUUGUUGAGUGAAAUGGUGUUGGGUAGAAACGAGAUUAACUGUAGACAAGCAGUUGACCUCUAUUUAGACAUUGAAAGACACUUGACCAACAAAUACUGUCCCUAUAAACGUAUAUCAACAUUGACUACAUCAUUUUAUACCCUUAGAAUAUUAUAUCUAUCAAGUUUGGAUAUUGAUCAAAACAACAACAACAACAACAAGAAUACAACAAGUGGAAUACUAGAAAAGAUACAUACAUUAAAUGUAAUAGCAAGUCAAUACGAUCAAACAUUAAAGGCAAAUCAAAUAUCGAGUAUGGGAAGAAUGUUGACAAUGAAGAAUAUCAAUUUGACUCGCUUGUCAAUCGAUACUACGAAAUGGAGUGUACCAGUGUUGCCGGUUGACAUGGACAGUAUGAUUCGUAAUCCAACCAUUCAAUUGACGAGUUUGUGUAUUUCACAGAGUGGAUAUGACACGUCAAUGCUCAUGUUGUUGUUGCAAACCAAUCAAAACACAUUGACAACCAUCAAGUUGAACGCUGCGGUACCCGAGACAUCGUCACGUAUCAAUUCGGUGAGCCACGUCUUUUUGCAGCAACUCAAAAACACAUUGUCACUUGCUCCAUUCCGUGCCAAUUUAAAGAGGCUUGACAUUACGGUUGGCGGUACAGACUAUGCCAUCACAUCGGAUCUCUAUUCGUUGCUUGGUCAGUUUAAAGCAUUGCGUCGUGUUCGUAUAGGUGUUGUUCGUCUACCCCCACAUUUAUUCCCGAUUGGUCAACAUGUGAAUAGUCUAGGUCAAGUGAGUGGAGGGUCUGCCGUCCCACCUCUCAAAGACUGGAUACGCGUGUCUCCCAUGUCUAGCCAUCUCUUUUACACACUUUUCCUCACCUCGUGUACCAGCCUCACCCACAUUACCACACCACUGUUUACACAGGGCUCGACCUACGACCAGGCACGCGUCGACCUAAUCAACUUGCAGUCACUGAUUGCUUUUAAUCGGUCGUUGGUCAAGGUGCAUUGGAUGUACGAUAUGACUCUUAUGCCAAAUGAUUUUAAACUGGCCAUCAACGUGCCCGUCUUAAAGUGUGACGAAUCGGCUCUCAUUCGAUUGGAUGCCGCCAAAUCCAAUAUCACCACUCUUAUCAUAUCGACCAUGGCCGAGGAAUACCAAGACUACAUUGAGGAGAAUAGUAAACUUCUCAACCUUGUUAUUAGGUUACAUACAAGACGUUCUAGACGAUCAUCAUCCCCCUCCACUUUACCUCAAUAUAUUGGUGGAUCAGACAACAACAACUCUGACGAUUUAGAGUUUACACCAUCUGCCUUUUUACAUUCCAUUCAAACCAAUAAUCAAUCAAUCCAAUGUAUAUCAUCAACACACAAUCUAUAUAAUAUCUAUCCUUCUUUUAAUUGGCCCUAUCGAUAUCAUUCAAAUCGAUUCAUUUAUCAAAAGGCUUUGUAA